AUGCACCUGUCAAUGCGCGGACUGGCCAUCGCCGGGCUCCUCGCCCAGGCGUCAGCCUCCCCUCAAUCUCUUCUACAGGCCGCCGCGCCGCAGUAUAUCAACCAGCCCGAGAGGGCGGCAGCCGUCAAGGAAGCCUUCCAGCGCUCGUGGGACGGGUACCGCAAGUUCGCCUUCCCCAAUGACACGCUCAAGCCGGUGUCGAACACGGCCGAGAAUGACCGGAAUGGUUGGGGUGCGAGUGCUGUGGACGCCUUGAGUACUGCCAUUCUUAUGGAGAACAAGGACGUUGUGGGACAGAUUCUAGACUUUAUACCGACCAUCAACUUCAACGUGACGGAUAGCGAGGUCUCUCUGUUUGAGACGACUAUCCGAUAUCUUGGCGGCAUGUUGGCAGGACAUGACUUGCUGAAAGGACCACUCAAAGAUGUCGCCAGUAAUCAGACCGGCGUAGACAAUCUUCUCGUGCAGUCGAAGAAACUUGCAGACAAUCUCAAAGUCGCGUUCGAUACAGCAACCGGCAUCCCCGAUAACACGCUCAUCUACGAUCCCAAGCCGCGCAAGAAGGGCUCCGACACGAACGGCAUUGCGACCAUUGGGACCUUGGUGCUGGAGUGGACUCGCCUGAGCGACCUAACGGGGGACAAGCAAUACGCGGAUCUGUCACAGAAGGGCGAGAAUUUCCUCCUAAAGCCCAACGAGGAGGUGUUCCCCGGCCUGUUGGGUACGGACGUCUUCAUCUCGAACGGGACAUUUGCGGAUCGGUCCGGUGGCUGGAACGGAGGCACCGACAGUUUCUACGAAUACCUCAUCAAGAUGUGGGUGUACGACCAGAACCGAUUUUCGCUCUACAAGGAGCGCUGGAUCGCUGCGGCCGAUUCAUCGAUCAAGUUCUUGGCGUCGAGCCCGACUACUCGGCCUGAUUUGACGUUCUUGGCGGCGUACAACAACGCGAACCUGAGAUUCGUCAGCAGCCAUCUUGCGUGCUUCGAUGGUGGCAACUUUAUUCUCGGUGGUCUUGUUCUCAAGGAGCAAAAAUACGUCGACUUUGGCAUCAAGCUGACCGAGGGCUGCCGCGAGACGUACAAACAGACGGCGACUGGAAUCGGGCCAGAAAUCUUCCGCUGGCAAGACGACAGGCCGCCGGUGAACAAGACACUCAACCCGGACCCGCCCGCCAACCAGACAGAGUUCUACCAAAAGGCAGGCUUUUGGAUCAGAGAGGACGGCGCGGGUUACGUUCUCCGACCCGAGGUCAUUGAGAGCUACUACUACGCCUACCGCGCCACCGGCGACAGCAAGUACCAGGACUGGGCGUGGGACGCUUUCCUGGCGAUCAAUAAGACGUGCAGCGCGGGAAGCGGCUUCUCGUCCAUCACCAACGUCCAGGAUCCGAAGGGAGGGUCAUUCGACGACUUCCAGGAAAGUUUCUGGUUCGCCGAGGUUCUCAAGUACAGCUACCUGAUCCAGGCCACGGAUGCCAAGGUCCAAGUUGAAGUAGCGGACAACAAGUUUGUUUUCAACACCGAGGCGCAUCCGUUCCAGAUCGCUUAG